GGCAUUUCUGCAGCGCCCAACGACCUCCAGAGAAGUUUCCCGAGGGUGCCAGAUCCCGGAAGCGAGGCAGAGUUUGCUCUCAUGAAGAUGUGGCUCGCAGACUGCGACCAGAACCAUAAAUGUUCAGCGAAGAAAUUAGCUCAGAGAAUUCUACUUCCGACGAGACUACUCUUUAUUGGCGACGAUAGUAAUCUGUCCGUGAAGUUGGUCUCGAAGGCUCAAGAUUGCGAUCUAGACUACGUUGCACUUUCGUACCGGUGGAAAUACUUGGGCGACGAGAAACCCCUUCUUCUUACUGACAAGAACAAGGAAGAAUUCGAAAGGGCAAUUGAGCUCAAUAAGAUGCCCCAGACAUUUCAAGAUGCUGUGAAGGUUACAAGAGGACUUGGCGUCCAGUAUCUCUGGAUCGAUUCUUUAUGCAUCAUCCAGGGCAACAAAGAUGACUGGAAUAAGGAAUCUCAACGCAUGAAAGAUGUGUACAAUGGUGCAUAUUGUACAAUCUCGGCCACGUGUGCUCAAAGUACUCAUGGAGGAUUUCUCCAAAAGCGGCCAGAGAGGCGGUUUAUAGGAGUUGAUACUAUCACACCAAAUGGCAAGGAAGCUCGAAUCUAUAUCUGCGAGGCUAUCGACAACUUCGAGGAGGAAGUAGAGAAAGCCAAGUUACACAAAAGGGGCUGGAUCUUCCAGGAAAGAGCGUUGUCGCGGAGGACUCUGCACUUUGCCAAGAACCAGGCGUAUCUUGAAUGUGGCGAUGGCAUCUGCAGUGAAACAAUGACCAAGCUGUUCAAGCGAGAGUCUUUCUUCUUCUCAGACGCGAACUUCCCCGAGCAAGCCUUAGAGUUCCAUAAAGGCAUGAAGAUCAAAUACUACGAGACCAUUUGCCAGAAGUACUCGAAGCUGAACUUUUCAAACCCUGAAGAUCGAGCCGUCGCAAUGGAGGGACUAGAAAGCAAAAUUUUGGAAGCUUACCAAUCGGGCGGCCAAUUUGGACUUUUGCACAACCACUUUGAGCGGAGCAUCAUGUGGCAGAGGCCUGGGAAGGACCCUAUGAAGCUAAUUGAACAUUCCAAUAUGGAGAAGAUUCCGUCCCUGUCGUGGAUGAAAGUCAAGGGAGCUAUCAAAUAUCUU